GUUAAUGAUUGGUGAAGGACCCUGACCGCUUCACUGAGACAUAAACCCUACAGAGCCUCCGUGUGUGUGUGUGUAUGUGUGUGAGCAUCUCGGUCUGACUGCAGCCAUGGCCAAGCUGGUGGAGUGUGUGCCUAACUUCUCAGAGGGACGAGAUAAAGAGGUAAUUAAGGCCAUCGCUGAUGCCAUUUCUGCUACAGAAGGCUGCAGUGUGCUGGACGUGGACCCCGGGUCCUCCACUAACCGCACCGUCUACACCUUCGUGGGCUCUCCACAGGCCGUGGUGGAGGGAGCGCUGAACGCCGCCAGUGCUGCCUUCAGCCUUGUCGACAUGACCAAGCACAAGGGUGAGCACCCUCGGAGCGGCGCUAUGGAUGUUUGUCCCUUCAUCCCAGUGCAGAAUACCAGCAUGGAGGAGUGUGUGACCUGCGCUAAUGAGUUUGGGAGGAGGUUAGCAGAGAUGCUGCAUGUUCCAGUGUAUCUGUAUGGAGAAGCAGCAAGGAGUGAGAGCAGGCGUUCUCUGCCGUCUAUCCGUACAGGAGAGUAUGAAGCUUUACCAGAGAAGCUGAAGAAGAGCGAAUGGACUCCAGACUUUGGUCCAGCUACAUUUGUCCCUUCGUGGGGCGCCACAGUCACCGGUGCACGAAAAUUUCUCAUCGCUUACAACGUCAACCUGCUGAGCACCAAGGAACAAGCUCACCGCAUCGCUCUGGACAUCCGAGAGCAGGGCAGGGGCAAAGGACAGCCAGGGCUGCUGAAGAAGGUGCAGGGGAUGGGCUGGUACCUUGAUGAGGAGAACCUGGCUCAGGUGUCCACCAACAUCCUGGACUUUGAGGUCACGCCGCUCCACACUGUCUAUGAGGAAAUCUGCAGAGAUGCAAGAGAGUUGAACCUGUCGGUAGUCGGCUCUCAGAUUGUCGGUCUGAUUCCUCUAAAAGCGGUUCUGGACUGCGCAGAAUUUUACAUCCAGAAAGAGAAACUUUUCAUCUUAGAAGAGGAGCACAGAGUGCGUCUGGUGGUUAGUAAGCUGGGUUUGGACUCUCUGGGGCCGUUUGUUCCUAAAGAGAGAAUCAUAGAGUACAUGGUGGAAGCCAAUCAGAUUGAGGGACAGUUGGCAUCUCUUUCUCUGCGCCAGUUUGUCCAAAGUGUCGGUGCUCGAACCCCGGCGCCUGGAGGGGGCUCCGUUUCUGCUGCCAUUGCUGCCAUGGGUGCAGCUCUGGGCUGUAUGGUGGGACAGAUGACGUACGGGAAGAAGCAGUUUGAGGCAUUGGAUGGUGUGAUGAGGAGACUCAUCCCUCCUUUCCAUCAGGCCAUGAACGAGCUGCUGCUAACCGUGGACGCUGAUUCUACUGCCUUCAACAGCUACAUGGCUGCGUUGAAAAUGCCCAAGAGCACAGCGGAGGAAACUGAGAGGAGACAGAAGGCCAUGCAGGAGGGACUGAAGAAGGCUGUCAGUGUUCCCAUGUCUCUGGCUGAGAGAGUGACGCUGCUGUGGCCAACGCUGAAGGAGCUGGUGAUACAUGGCAACCUGGCCUGCAAAUCAGAUGUCCAGGUAGCAGCUAAAGCUCUGGAGACAGCUGUGUUUGGUGCUUACUACAAUGUCAUCAUCAACCUGAAAGACAUCACUGAUGAGACUUUCAAGAGUGCCAUGGAGGAGAGAGCAUCUGCACUGUUAAAGCAGGCCAGGGAGAGUGCUAAUGAAGUGCUGGAUACUGCAAAUAAACGCCAAUAAACACACAUACACACACACACACACACACACAGACACACACACACACACACACACACACACACACACACACACACAGACACACAUACACAUACACA